CCCCCCCCCCAACUAGGGCCUCUUAUGUCAGACAAGUGCUUCAUCCAUCAUUCAGCUGCCCUUUCCCAUCUUCUGUUUUGAGACUGGGUCUUGCUCAGGUUAGCCUUAAACCAUUCUAGCUUAGCCACGCCUUGAACUCCCAAUCCCUUUUACUUACUCUCCGUAGGCACUGAGAUUACAAACCUGUGUCCGCAGGCCUGGUAUGGAUUGUACUUUUCUCAUAGAGAGCGUAUUUAUAAAUAAGUGUUUCUAAGGGUGUGUAGUACUGGGGAUGAGCUCAGGGCCUUGUGCAUGCUAGGCAGUUCUCUACCACUUGAGUUACAUGCUAGGUCAGUAUGCAUCUUUGAUAUGGAAAGGAUUUAUCCAGUAGCAGUUUGCUUUUUUGAGACAAGGUUUUACUGUGUAAUUCAGUAAAUUCUUGAAUUUACCAUCCUCCUGCAUUUUGCCUCCUGAGUGCUGGAAUCACAGAUAAACAGCAGUUUAUCCAGUUUACGCCUGGUCAGUGUUAUUUUGGCAAAAAUAGUGUACUUAUUUCACUACAAUCAGUUUUUAUAUGCUUCAGUUAAGCCAAUGAGUUUUUAAGCUUCCAUAUGGCAAAAUUGAUCCCAGGAAAAAUGUUCUCAUUAUUGUAAGGAUGGUAACUUGUGCAUCUUUAUCCUUGAAUUUGAAGAACAACAAAACCAUCGCUAAUAUCCAGGAUGUCAGGGGAUUUUCCACCUAGCGGAUAUGGUUAAUGUUCGGGGUGUAUUGCACCAUUCCCGUUUUAAGAACAGACAUCAUGAUCGAGAGGGUUUGCUGAGCAUGGCAAAUGCAGGCCCCAAUACGAAUGGUUCUCAGUUCUUUAUCACAACAGUUCCAACUCCUCAUUUGGAUGGGAAACAUGUGGUAUUUGGUCAAGUAAUAAAAGGACUCGGUGUGGCAAGGAUGCUUGAAAAUGUAGAAGUGAAUGGUGAAAAACCUGCCAAACUCUGUGUCAUUGCAGAAUGUGGAGAACUGAAGGAAGGGGAUGACUGGGGAAUAUUCCCCAAAGAUGGCUCUGGUGAUAGUCAUCCAGACUUCCCCGAGGAUGCGGAUAUAGAUGUAAAAGAUGUAGAUAAAAUUUUAUUAAUAUCUGAAGACUUAAAAAACAUUGGAAAUACUUUUUUCAAGUCUCAGAACUGGGAGAUGGCUAUUAAAAAAUAUGCAAAGGUUUUAAGGUACGUGGAUAGUUCAAAGGCUGCUAUUGAGAAAGCAGAUAUACCCAGACUGCAACCUAUAGCCUUAAGUUGUGUACUGAAUAUUGGUGCUUGUAAAUUGAAGAUGUCAAAUUGGCAGGGGGCAAUUGACAGUUGCUUGGAGGCUCUUGAAAUGGACCCUUCGAAUACUAAAGCACUAUACCGAAAAGCGCAAGGAUGGCAAGGAUUAAAAGAAUACGAUCAAGCAUUGGCUGAUCUUAAGAAGGCACAGGAGAUAGCCCCAGGAGAUAAAGCUAUCCAGGCAGAAUUGCUUAAAGUCAAACAAAUGAUAAAGGCACAGAAAGAUAAAGAGAAGGCUGUGUAUGCAAAAAUGUUUGCUUAAUAAGGACUAAACUCUCCUUAACUAUUAAACAUUGAUUAUAAAAAGGACAAUGUAUAUUACUGUCCACACGAUCCCUGAUGUGUUCCCCUUGAUCUUUGUCAUUGUUUACAUAGCAGUGCUGACAUAGGUUCCUUCUUAAUAAAGUGUUGGCGAAAUACAGUGAAUCUCA